AUGUCAGUCACGAUCCUGAUUCUUGGCCGAGAACCGACCAGACACUACAACAUAAUUGACAACUCAAAAGACCCAACCAGAUCUGCCGUCUCGGGCCUUCAGCAUACAGGCACAGAUACAUCAAUACGUUCCCAAACUACCGACCCGGAGCAAUCUGAUUCGGCUGCACCCACCCGCGAGAUUCCUGGUGCUAGGAUUCACGCCAGGCGAUCCGAUACGAUACCAGUCAUCAUUGACACCAUUCCCAGCCAGGCCACCAGAACCUUUCACCUUCCGUGCCCCUCCGCCUCCGGUCAUUUCGUCGAGACAGAUCAGGGAGAUGAUGGCGAGGUGGCCUGCGCUCUGCAGCGAGAUCGGGGAGAUGACGAUUUCGCCAUCUAA